UCGAUACCUUAUCUACCCUAUGCAAUAUAAAAACUACGUGUUACAUAGCAUGUCAGUUUGUUCACCAGCAAUAACUUUGCAACGAGCAGGGAUGGAGAAAUACGCGCUAAUAGCUCUUCUCAUGGUGUUCAGCCUAGUUCAAGCUGGCAAAUGCGCUGUGGGACCCAGAUUGAAACACGAAAUAUCACCGUUAUCAGCGUUCCGGCAAAAGCAAAGCCGCGAAUUUGUUUGUCCAACUCAGGAUGGAUUCUACGCGAUCCCAGGAGAGUGCAGUUCAAAUUACUACGCUUGUGUGGGGGGGACAGCGAUUCUUCAACAAUGCUCAGGAACAGAUGUUUUCGACCCAGAAAUUAAACGCUGUGUUCCUUACGCAGACGCUUCCUGUAAUAAUGGUCAGACCACUACCGCACCAACUACUACUACUACGCGUACAACUGCAAGUACCACAACAAGCGCGCCAAGCGAAUUUACUUGUCCGGCCCCCGAUGGAUUUUUCCCCAUACCCGGGACAUGUGACAGCGAAUAUUAUAUUUGCGUAGGAGGAAAUCCAACCCUAACAAGGUGUCCCGGAGAUACUAUUUUUGACCCACAAACUUUAAAAUGUGUGGCACCCGAUGAUGCCUCAUGCCUUCAAACAUUCACCUGCCCUACUCCAGAAGGCUUUUACCCAAUACCAGGAACGUGCUCCAGUGAUUUUUAUGUCUGUGUGUCAGGAUCCCCCUACGUUUCGACGUGUCCAAAUGGAAAUAUCUUCGAUCCAGUUACACUAAUAUGUACGUCCCCUGGUGAAGCUUCAUGUUCGGCCGUAAUAAGAAAAUGAAUCGUGCUAAAAGUUCGGAUCCCUCGAUCGCACAUUUUUAACGGUUAGACGAGGUAUACUAGUAUAUAUAGCAGUUAAAUUGUUUUUGUUUAGCCAAUUAAAGAAGUUGUAAUGAUUCAGAUGAAAAAUCCAACCUGUUUUAGCUGACUACUUAAAAAUAGUCGGCAAAUUAAUUUGGACCAACCAAUGCCGGGUUUCCUUCUGACUGUGAAUUUAUUGUUUUCUUUUUUUUUUCAAGGUAAAAGACAAAUAUAUUUGAUAAAUGAA